AUGGAAAUGUUACCUGGUCUACUGGUUGGGUGCAAGGCUGAGUGGAAUGCGGGGGAGAAGAAAAUGAGUUGCUCAAGCCUCCAGGGCCUUUGGAGCGCAAGCCGCGUCAUACGUGUGAAAUUUCAGUUCCUAGUUAGAGGAAAGCUGCUCGGGAAUCUGACACAGGUGCUGCCGGGGGAAUUGCUCGUUGAUGUGCUCCGCCGCGUCGCACCGUGCGGCCUCGCCGCGUGGCGCUGCGCCUGCAAGGCGCUGCUGGGCAUCAUCGACGCACGCCGCCUGUUGCGCACGGACCUUCUCCCGCACUCUGUCGCCGGCAUCUUCAUCAACUUCCACAGCGAAGGUUUGCCGGAGUUCUUCGCCCGUCCCUCGACGGGCCCCACCAUCUCCGGCAGCUUCGACUACCUGCCCCCUACCGAUGGGCGCUCCCAGUAUCGCGGUAAAAUAGAGGAUCACUGCAAUGGCCUUGUCUUGCUCGAAGAUUAUUUGGAGAAUCAUUAUGUGGUUAACCCGGCAACGAGACAGUGGGAUUCUUUGCCGCCCCGCCUGUCCAUGUCGAGGUCCAAGGAGAUGGAUGCGGACUUCAGGUACCAAGAGUACCUCGUGUUUGAUCCCACGGUAUCACCUAACUAUCAGGUGUUUGUGAUCCCAAAUCCUAGGCGCAAAACGAAGCCCGAAGAUUUUGGUUACAACAAAAGGUUGGAUGAACUAGACCCCGUUAUGGAGAAAUCUGAAUGGCCGCCAUCUGUGUGCGCUUUGCACGUUUUCUCCUCGAGGUCGGGCCGUUGGGAGGAGAGGUCUUUUAUUCGAGAUGGGGAGGCUGCAGGCACCAUUGCUGAUAUGCGGCAGCAUUCGGAGUGGUACUAUGACAAGCAUUAUGCUGUCUACUGCCGGGGUGCACUUUAUGUGCACUGCAAAACUGAUUUCAUAAUGAGGAUCUCUUUGUCAAAUGACAAGUACCAAGUAAUUAAACCACCGCUACAUGGUGAACUGGGCGAGUUCCAAAAGCUCCAUCUUGGACGAUCAGAAAAAGGGGUUUACCUUGCAUCUUGUGAAGCGUCUCUUAUUAUGGUUUGGGUCCUUGACGAAUCGUGUGGCCAAAUGAAUUGGGUCUUGAAGCAUAGCAGUUGCCUUCCACCCAUACUGGAUUAUGAUCGUCCUGUUCUUGGCCCAUGGGUCUUACAAGAUAUUAACUAUAAUGGGUAUCUCAAAGAGAGAAAGGAGCUCAUUGAAGGUGGCGAAGAUACGGAAUACAUGAAGGAACUAAAAGAAAACAAAUUAGAGUUAAACUCCGGCAAGGAAGAGCUAGUGGAAGAAAAGUUUGAAUGGGACUCUGAAAAUGACAACAUACUUCAUAAGGAAGAUGUGGUUGAUGCUCGUGGCAAUGGAUACUUUGAUAUCCUUGGAUUCCAUCCAUAUAAAGAGAUUGCCUUUCUGGGUGUAUCAAUGUACAGAGGAAUUGCCUAUCAUUUGAAAGAUUCGAAGGUUCAGGACCUUGGCUACUUAUAUCCAACAACUUGUCAUUUGGCAUUGCCGAACGAGUGUUUCAUAACCGAGUCAUUCCCAUACACACCUUGUUUGACAGGGCACCGGUAAGCAAUUAACAAGAAUGUACAAGGGCAUCUUAGAGACUGGUAUGCUGGUUGGAACCCAAUUGAACAUCACAAUAAAUGGCCUAAUCAUGUUUAAGGCCUUGUUCAUUUUUAUUUAGCACUGGAUUUAUAAUUAUCCAAUCAAGUGUCCAUAUUUUCCAUAUCGGUUCUAAAAACAUGUGACGUAACAGUGUAUCAUGAGAAAAAUGGGGAAAAUAUAUCAAAUAUACUUCAUUGCUCUGUUCAA